GGGCCACAAGGACCAGACGAGCGGUCGGUAGUAGUUGAUCGUGUGCCGGCACUAGAGGCUGCCAUAAGAGGAUUUGCUGACAGGGGGACUGAUGUAGUUGUCAACCCCGUGCUUGGCAUAAUUUUCGAUUCUCUGCCAGAGGCGUAUGAAUUUUACAAUCUUUAUUCGUGGGAAGUUGGCUUUGGGAUUCGUUACGGCAAGAGCAGGCAAAAUGUCAAUGGGACCAAGUGUAUGCAGGAGAUCGUAUGCGGCUGUGCUGGCAAACCAGAGAGGGAGAACAGCUCAUCCAUGAGGAGCAAUUGUGCCGCCAUGCUGCGUCUGCACCGGACGGAUGACGGGGGGUGGUAUGUAUCGGAGAACCGUGCUUCUCACAACCAUGAACUCCUUCGGACUUGUGCGGAGAAGCUGCACUGGCCAUCACACCGGUGCAUUGACAUGUACACCAGGGACCUUGUGAAGCAGUUGCGGCAGAACAAUGUUAAUCUGGGGAAGGUGUACAACAUCAUUGGUAGUCUGUUUGGGAGAAUGGAGAACGUGCCAUUUAUGAAGAGGUGCCUUAGAACUUUCUGUGGAAAGCUUAGUAGGGAGCAGGAAGACGAUGAUGUGCGCAAGACUAUGGAUGCAUUCUCCGAGCUGGGGUCAAAUGAUCCAGAGUUCUCGUAUGUGGUUGAGGUUGAUAAAGAAAGCAAGAUAAAAACCUUGCUGUGGACUAAUGGUAGAAGCAAGAUGCAGUACCACAAUUUCGGCGAUGUCAUAACAUUUGACACAACUUACAAGACAAA